UCUCUCAAAUUCAGAUCUUAACUAACAAACGACGAAGAGAACGAAAAGGUUGCAGUGUUCGCUCUCUCGAAAAGUGGCAAUGUCAGGCUUUCACGGGACUAAUCUAACUGCGGCUGCGUCGGCGUCAAUUUUUUUAAUAAACUCUUGUUCGUUUCAUUGACGCCGGUACUGCGUCUGCGUCUAAACGCUGCGUCCUCGCGUCGAUCGCCGAAAAAAUUUGCGUCUGUGAUUAAAACUGUGUCGGCGUCGGCGUCUACAAAACGAACAACAACUAUUUUCAUUGACGCCGACGUCGAAAACUGCGGCAACCAAACUAACAUGACUUAGCAUAUGGUGCCUUUUGAUUCAUGUCCUUUGGUGAAGAACAUUCUGCUUCUAGACUCUGAAGGGAAGCGUGUGGCUGUCAAGUAUUACUCUGAUGACUGGUCAACUCAUGCUGCCAAGUUGAGUUUCGAGAAGCUUGUGUUCUCCAAGACAUCUAAGACCAAUGCUCGCACUGAAGCUGAAAUCACACUGUUGGACAGUAAUAUCAUUGUCUAUAAGUUCGCCCAGGACCUUCACUUCUUUGUUACUGGAGGGGAAGAUGAGAACGAGCUCGUCUUGUCUUCUGUUCUUCAAGGCUUUUUCGAUGCUGUUGCACUUCUUCUGAGGAACAAUGUGGAAAAGAUGGAAGCUCUUGAGAAUUUGGAUCUCAUCUUUCUCUGCCUGGAUGAAAUGGUCGAUCAGGGGGUGGUACUUGAAACGGACCCUAACGUCAUUGCGGGGAAAGUAGCAAUGCAGAGCACAGAAGCUAGUGGUUCACUCUCUGAACAGACAUUAACUCAAGCACUGGCAACAGCUCGGGAGCAUCUGGCAAGAAGUCUGCUUACGUGAGUUCUCUCAUAUGCAUGCCCACACCUAAUCAUAAUCAGAAGCUUAUGAACAAGAACUAUGGCGGUCACAUGUGCGAAUUUUGUUGGGCUCGUAAAUGGGCCUCUUACUCUUUUGAUUUGAAUCAAUUAUAGUCCUUGUGUUCUUUAUCCUUUGGACCCAUAUUACUCUUUUGAUUUGAAUCCAUCAUUUUGUGAAGUCUCAAGAAAAUUAUUAUAAUUUGUUUGGUCCAUAAUUUUUAGUUUUA